AUGUCUGGUGCCCACGUGGGCGCUCCCGACCUCCAUAGUCCAUUGCUGCUCCUCCUGCUUCUGGCCGCGUCGCUACUUCAUCCCGCGGCUGGCCAAGAUGACGGCGAUUUCGUCACGGGCGCAAUCCACACCAUCUUCUCCACCGACUGCAAGCGGUUCUUCGCCUUCCAGACCCUGGCGCUGGCGCACAGCUUCGCCAAGGCCGGCCAACCGGGCAACCUGACACGCAUCGCGAGCUGCACUCGGCAGCAGCUGUCGCUGAUGCGUCGGGAGGACCGGGACAUGGUGCAGACGCACAUUGCCCCGUCGUGGGAGAAGCACCCCACUAAGCCCGACGACUACCCGCCCUACAACAAGCCCACGGGCGUGAUGGACUGGCUGGACAAGGCCAAUCCCAGGGAAGAGUGGAUCCUCAUGGUCGACCCGGAUAUGCUGUUCCGAGCGCCGCUUACCCCCGAGACCCUGGGCGUUGCCGACGGGUGGUCGGCGGGGGCGCAUUACAGCUACCUGAAUGGGGUGAUCAACGAUCUGGCCUUGAGGCACGUGCGCCACGUGGCGCCCAGGAACGACACCUACGGGGGACCCAGGGGGCGCAGGGCGGACAGGGUGGGGCACUACUGCCUCGUGCGAAACGCGGACCUCAGAAGGAUGGCGCCAUUCUGGUUGAAGUUCACGGAGGACGUCCGGUUCGACCCGGACGCCUGGAACCUGACCGGGGACUCCUAUGUGGAGCCCGGCGACAGGCCAUGGAUAUCGGAGAUGUACGGGUAUGCGUAUGCGGCCGCCCAUGUGGGCGUGUGGCACAAGCUGAACCCCGGGGUGCAGGCGUACCCGUCGUACGCGGUGUGGGACUCCAUCAAGGUCAUUCACUACGGCUUGACCCAUAGGGUGGGCGGCUACGGGUUCGACAAGCACGAUCACUACUACUUUAACAGUUUCAGGUGCCCGCCCUGGAACAUGUCGAUGGAGCGGGACAUAAAGGAGGACUACGGCCUGUUCCCCCACCCUCCACACCCCUCAGAGCUGGCCCCCAAAGACAACCCCCAGGACCAGUACGGUGCCUUGCUGGUGGUCGAGUUUGUGAACACCAUUAACGAGGGCCUCUGUGAACGGCACAAGAAGGUGUGCCCAGCCUCCGAGCAGUUGAAGGAGGAAUGUGGAACAGUGGAGGAGAUUCAAAAGGCGCUUGCUGCAGAAUUUGCAGUUCUGGAUGCACCUGAUAGCGUCUGUGUUGAUGCGCUGGAGAUUGAGAAAUGUCUAAUGUACCUGCGGGAUGGCUUGUGCGAGAAGGAAUGGCUUCAAAUGGGAAUGAGCUGUAGGAAGACUUGCGGGAGAUGCUUUGGUGCAUCAAUGCGCAGCCCACCUGGUCAAACUGUGGUAGCAAAUGUGCAGGCAAAGGAACCGGACACUUUUUCGACAGAGGGAAACGUAGGGAAGAGUGAAGAUGCAACACUGGGGAACAUUUCUAUCAGUGAGAAGGAUGAAGGGAAUGUUAACCAGGACAUCAGUGCUGUGAAACAUGCGGCAGAUAAUGAGCACAGUAGUCCAAGUGCUGUGGCUGAAGAAAGAAUCAGCAACACAGAGCGAGAGCGGGCUCGUUGCCGAAAACUGGUAGGUGUGUAG